UUGAAAUAAUGUCGAAAGUCGGAAAAUUUAGGAUCGAAAUAGGCCGAAGUCGGUAAUAUCAUUCCUGACUUCACAGACCUGCAAAAAAAAAAAAAAAAAAAAAAAGGAAAAAAAAAAAAAAAGAAAAAGAGAAAAGCAGGUGGUGCAAAUUGGGCACCAGCAGAACAUGCACCCUUUUCAUCAAUUCCAAAACUCAGCCCCCCCUCAGUAUUCCGCGCGCUCUCUCUCUCUCUCUCUCUAACAACUUGAGAGAGAGAGAUAGAGAGAGAGAGAGAGAGAGAGAUUCACUGAACCAAACUCGAAAAACAUAUUAUAUGAAACCCUUCUCUCUCACUAUAAAUACCAAACCCACACAACUCCCCCCAGUACAUGUUGUCUGUUGUCUCGGCUUGUAAUAACAAACAAACCCUAAUUAAUAACUAAAACACCACCACCGUACCCACCGAUGUCGGAUUUGCCGAGCAGCAUCAGCUACAUGACUCAGGCCACAAGAAACGGGAAUCAAGAACGCGAGUCCUUCCACAAGUUCUUCGAGUGCUGGAUCGUCGAGCAGGACCACCACCUCCACGAACUCGUCUCCGCCUCCAAGGACAUCGAGGACCGCCACCAACACCACGGCGGCGCAACGGCCGAGCUGAACGGGAGGGUGCUCCGGCCGCUACUCGAGCGCGUGGUCCAGCACUACGAGCACUACUACCGCGCCAAAUCGAGGUGGGCGAAGAACGACGUACUCUCCAUGUUCAACCCUUCGUGGCGGAGCAGCCUGGAGGACGCCUUCCUCUGGAUCGGAGGGUGGCGGCCGAGCAUGGCCUUCCACCUCCUCUACUCCAAGUCCGGCCUCCAGCUCGAGGCCCGCGCCAUAGACGACCUCAUACUCGGACUCACCAACGGCGACCUCAGCGACCUGUCCACGGGUCAACUCGGCCGGGUCGACGCGUUGCAGAAGGUGACCCUGAGGGAGGAGAAGGAGAUCACGGAGAAGCUGGCGAAGCUGCAGGAGACGGUGGCCGACUCGUCGAUGGUCGAGCUGAGUCACGCGGUGAGUGAGUUGAUCCAGGAGGAGGCCGGGGAUCGGGUGGCGGAGCAGGAGGGGCGGGUGGAGGCGGCGCUGGCACCCAAGGAGGAGGGGCUUGUGGGGGUGCUGGAGAAGGCGGAUGAGUUGAGGAUGAAGACGCUGAAAGGGGUGAUCGAUAUACUGAGUCCGACUCAGGGGGUUCACUUCUUGAUUGCUGCGGCGGAGCUCCACCUUAGGGUUCAUGACUGGGGGAAGAAACGGGACGCCAGGCACCACCAGGCUGACAGCGGCGGCGGAGUCAACGGCAGCAAUGGCCACCACCGACAAUGAUUAAUAAAAAUAUAUAUCAGUUUAAUUAAUUUUUAAUUUGGUGUGCCGCUAAUAAUUGUUCAAUUUCAGACAGGUUAGUUUUGUCUGUAGCUAUUAAUAUUAUUAGACUCUAGUGUUUGUUUUGCCAACUUAUUCUAUAAUUAAUUUUUUGUUUCCUCUCUAUU